AUGGAGCUUAAUCUGUGUUUAGGUUUGCCGGGAGGCGGAGAGACGACGGCGACUGUGGCCGGAAACAAGAGAGGGUAUUCAGAGACGGUUGAUCUGAAGCUGAAUCUAAACAAUGAGCCUGAGACGAACAAAGAAGAAUCUCUUGUUUCCGAAGACAACACUUCUUCUAUUUGUCCCAAAGAAUAUCCAACCAAGCCUCCUCCUGCCAAGGCACAAGUGGUGGGUUGGCCACCGGUGAGAUCCUACCGGAAAAAAAUAAUGUCAGACACCGCAGAGGCGGCUUUCGUGAAGGUGUCGAUGGACGGAGCACCGUACUUGAGGAAGAUAGACUUGAAAAUGUGCAAAAGCUACAAUGAUCUCUCUAAUGCUUUAGCCACUAUGUUCAGCUCUUUUACCAUGAGUAAUAAUAAUAAUAAAGGAGGAGAAGGAAUGAUAGAUUUCAUGAAAGAGAGGAAAAUAAUGGAUGGUUCCGAAUAUGUUCCAUCUUACGAAGACAAAGAUGGUGAUUGGAUGCUUGUUGGUGAUGUUCCUUGGGAGAUGUUCGUUGAAUCAUGCAAGCGCGUACGCAUAAUGAAAGGAUCUGAAGCUAUUGGUCUCGCUCCGAGAGCAAUGGAAAAGUGCGAGAGCAGAGCUUGA